AUGCGUACUGCUAGCCACCUCGCCCCGCCCCGCGCACUGCCCUUCUUCCUGCGCUUGCUCAGGACCGCAGGCGCAGUUCGUCUGCGCCUGCUGAACCUCGGGGCUCCGGCGCAGGUGCGUGAGCCCCCCACUCCCGCCUUGGGAGGCUGGACCACCGAGCAGGUCCAGCAGAGUAAGAAGGUUUACAACUUAGCGAGGACCCAGACGCUGCGCCUGGGGUCAGUAGUGAGGCCCCGUGCCUGCGUGGUGUGCGGCCCGGGCCUGCGGCGCUGCGGAGACCGCCUGCUGGUCACUAAGUGUGGACGGCUGCGCCACAAGGAGCCCGGCGGGGGCGGAGGCGGCGUGUAUUGGGUAGACUCCCAGCAGAAACGAUAUGUCCCUGUUAAAGGAGACCAUGUGAUAGGUAUUGUGACUGCUAAAUCUGGUGACUUGUUCAAGGUUGAUGUUGGAGGAAGUGAACCAGCUUCUCUGUCUUAUUUGGCAUUUGAAGGAGCAACCAAAAGAAACAGACCAAAUGUGCAGGUGGGAGAUCUCAUUUAUGGCCAAUUUGUUGUUGCCAAUAAAGACAUGGAACCAGAGAUGGUCUGUAUUGAUAGCAGUGGAAGAGCAAAUGGAAUGGGUGUAAUUGGACAGGAUGGCCUAUUGUUUAAGGUGACGCUGGGUUUAAUCAGAAAGCUUUUAGCUCCUGAAUGUGAAAUUAUCCAGGAGACAGGAAAACUCUACCCACUGGAAAUCGUAUUUGGAAUGAAUGGAAGAAUAUGGGUAAAAGCAAGAACCAUUCAACAGACUUUAAUUCUUGCAAAUGUUUUGGAAGCCUGUGAACACAUGACAACAGAACAGAGAAAGCAGAUAUUUUCCAGGCUGUCAGAAAGUUGAUGCUGCUUCUCUGCUUCAUUCUUUUAUGUGGAAUAUGAUAUGAACUAGUGGCAAUACUGACAGUUUUAUAAGAACAUUUUCAUAUUCAGAUGAAACCUUUCCUUAUCACUUCCUCAGGAUAAUGUACAAUAAAAAAUUUUUUUUGAAA